AGUGUUUCCGGGUCUCUCAGACAGAGCGCAGCUAGCAUGUGUUAGCAUGUGUUAGCAUGUCCGACAUGACGCUGCGGAGAGAAGCAGUUUUACCCUUGGAUGUCCGUAAAGUGAUCAUUGGUGAAGAGGAGCAGCAGGAGUGGAGCUCCAGUGUGGACCAGGAGGACCCAGAGCCCCCACACAUUAAAGAGGAAGAGGAGGAACCGGAGGUGCCCGCAGACUCUUCUGAAGCUGAGACUGACGACAGUGACGACUGGACGGAGACCAGAGAACCUCAGUCAGGUUUAAAGAAACCGUUCAGCUGCUCAGAGUGUGGGAAAAAAUUUGGCAUUAAGGGGGAUCUGAACAGACACAUGAGGAUCCACACAGGAGAGAAACCUUUCAGCUGCUCCGAGUGUGGGAAACAGUUCAGCCGCAAGGGGACUCUGAGGAUGCACAUGACAAUUCACACAGGGGAGAAACCCUUCAGCUGCGCCGAGUGCGGGAAACUCUUCGGCCGUAAGGGGACUCUGAGAACGCAUAUGAAAAGUCACACAGAAGAGAAACCGUUCCACUGCUCAGAGUGUGGGAAAGGGUUUGGCCUCAAAGGGAAUCUGACCACACACAAGAGAACUCACACAGGAGAGAGACCGUUUCACUGCUCCAUAUGUGGGAAAGGGUUUGCAAUGAAGACGAAUCUGAAGAUACACAUGAGGAUCCACACAUUAGAGAGACCGUACAGCUGCUCUGUGUGUGAGAAAUCUUUCAGACGGAGGCAGAGUUUACAGAAACAUUCGAGGAGCCACUCAGGAGAGAAACCGUUCAGCUGCUCCGUUUGUCAGAAAACGUUUAGAUGCAGCGGACAUUUACAGAUGCACAUGAGAACUCACACAGGAAAGAAACUGUUCAGCACGUGGCCCAAACAGCCCAAAGAUCAUCAGAGUGACGGCUGUCAGUCCGAAGCUGAUGGAGAGGACUGUGGAGGACCAGAACCAGACAGGAACUCAGAUCCACAUUUACAAGCCUGAGACUGAUGACAGCCAUGAUGGUGAUUUCUAGAGAGACAAGAAACAGGAAGUGUGUUUUUGAUUCUGAUUUUGGUGUUUGAAUCUGCAGGGCUCCUGACCGUGACUAUUUUGUGAAAAACAGUUUUCACCCUGAGGAGUUUGGUUUCCUCUUCCUGUUCAACAGGCACUUCUUGUACCGACAGGUUUAACUGUGGAUUAGGUUUAAGUUUAAAAAAUGAUCCAAAUAUUUUUUCUUUUUGAUAAAUUUAGAACAAACUUAUUUCUUCAUGCCCACAACCUUAUUAGUUGCUCCUUUAAGUUGCCUCACAUCAGUUUGUGUUCCUUUAAAAAGAAAAAGAUAUGGGGGGGUUGUUAUAGUUAGGAGGAGUUUUUUGCGCAGGCACUUUGGGUGAUUACCUAAAACUUGCCCACGAUGCAUUCAAGGGAAAAUCAGGAUUAUGUAAACUCUAUAACUUCUGAAGAUAACGUAUGUUACAUCAGGUCUGUUUUGUCUCCUAAGUGACUUGAAUGAUUGUCUGACUUUCUCCUCAGAGUCACUCCAACGCCGUCACCAACAUGUUAUCCUGCCUGAAUUUUCCUUCUAAGUAUUCGGCGUUAGUGUUGGAGACCAGAAGAGAUCCAGUUUACACGUCCUGUGAACUUUGUAGCAAAAAGCUGAAUUCUGGCAAAUAUUUAAUCAACACUUAACUUUGAAAUCAGCUUCAGUAAAUGUUGGAAGUUUUUAUCAAAUGAUUAUUUUAAGAGAUUCAUGUUUUUUAUGAUUAAAUAAAAUA